AUGGAAAAUCGUCACAACAUCAUAUCAUCCGGACAACAACACCAUUUGGAGGAGGAUGAUGAUGAUGAUAGGAAGAUGGAGAUUUUUUUUACUCUCAUCAGAAGCUUCAGAGAAGCACGGGAUCGGAGAAGGCAAGAAUUAUUGUCAGACAUGGAAAAAACUAACAAGACCAGAAAAUUACACCAUCUGCAAUCACCAUCUUCUCCCGUAUUUGAAUGGCAAGAUUUCACGGUCGGUUGCCACACAAGUCCUGUACCAGUCCACCAGAAACCUAAGCAACCCAGGAAAGAAGAAGAAGAAGAAGAAGAAGAAGAAGAAGAAGAAGAAGAAGAAGAAGAAGCUAACUUGAACCUCAAACUCUCUUUAUAG